AAAAAGAAGUUUUUUCCCAUGACAGUAUCUUUUGAGGCAUUUAGUGAGACUAGAGAAAGGGAACGGAAGCGCAAGGAACGGCAUGUCCAGAGUAUCUUUGGGAUUUGGUUUGGUGAAACUUAAGGAAGCAGUGAUUAAUUCGUUGUCCGUGAAGACUUUAUCGCAAUAUAUAUCUGACUGGAAGACUUGGGAUCAGAAUCUGAAUUAUUUUUGUAUUUCUUGUUAAAACACAUGGAAUAUCAGAAUAGUGUCGCCACUUUAAAAAGGAGAGUUGCUGGAAUAUCAUUCUUUCUGAAACUUAUGGGUAGGAUGGACUUUACUAAAACAUACAUAGUAAAACAGAUUCUAAAAGGUUUAACCAGAAAAAACAAAUCUGUUGAUACAAGGAAACCCAUUACUAUUGAGUUGUUAAAUGAAUUGAUAAAUGUUUUACCUGAAGUUGCCGUGAAUGCUUAUGAAUGUAUAUUGUUUAGAGCUCUAUUUAUACUUGCCUUUUUUGCAGCAUUGAGGGUAAGCGAAGUUGUUGCCCCAUCCAAAAUAAAAACGGGGUCUACAGGUUGAGGAUUUAACCAUUGUUGAAGGGAAAUUGAAAAUAGUGGUGAACAACUCCAAGACUGACAAGAAGGCAAAAGGUUGGAUCUCAUGGCUAGGCCCUUUGGGCAAUAAUAUCUUAUGCCCAAUUAAAGCUUUUAGAGAGUUUGCAGCCAUCAGGCCAAAAGUCACAGGUCCAUUUUUCUUCACCAGGAUGGUAAAUUUGUUUCGAGAUAUCAAUUUGCCAGCAUGCAGAAAAUGUGCUUACUUAAAUUGGCCAUUCCUACUGAAGGCUUCAAGACACAUUCAUUUCGUAUUGGGGCGGCUCUGCAGGCGGCUCUGUUGGGAUUCAAUGAAAACACCAUCAAAACAAUAGGUCGUUGGGAAUCUGCUAGAUACAAACUGUAUGUUCGAUCAAAUAUGGUUUAAAAUGUUGUAUUUCUAUUUUAGGCCCUACGAUCAAGAUCUGGAUGCUCGGACAUUCGUUUAUUUUUUGGGCAAAAAACAGAGCAGGCAGCAGAUCAUAUGGAGUCAAUUUGAGUUUGGACUGUCAAAAAUACAAGAUAUUAUGGAUGGGUAUCAGAGGUCUAAGGUGGAAUGAUCUAAUUUCAGUUUUAUUGCAAAUGCUUGUUAGAUGGGGUUACCCAGAUGUAGUACAUAUUCAUCUUGGUGGAAAUGAUAUUGGAAAAGACAGAACUGUUGAUUUAAUAAAUCAAAUGAAAAGAGAUCUUUCGCAAAUUCGGGCAAUGAUGGAAGAUGUGAUCAGUAUUUGGUCAGAAAUUGUUCCAAGAUUGGUUUGGUUUUCACCAGAAAAGAAGCUGCUUGAGAAAUGCAGAAGAAAAGUAAACCAUUGUGUGAGCAAAUUUGCGAAAACUCUCAAUAUUAUUGUGUUUAGACACUUUGAUUUGGAACCAAUUGAGAUUGGUCUAUAUAGACCUGACGGAGUUCACCUGUCAGACAUAUGAUAUCUCUAACAAUGGUUUGCAGACGGCACUGGAGAAAGCACUAUUUAUUGGAGGGGUGUCAACCGCAGUUAGAGGUUUAUAACGCGCUUGACAUGGCGGCCAUAACAAAUAAAUAUGGCAUGGAUAUUAUAAUUUUCUAAGUUUUUCAAUAGUCAUAUGGCAGCCUGCUGGGUAUGAGCAGAGGCUGCCUGGUUUUCGGAUAUCAAAGUAUGGAUAACUUUUAUUUAAAAUUACACUGUAAUGUUUAAAAUGCUAAUAAACAGUGCUGCGGCCAACCCUCCAACCAAAAAAUGUGUUCCUGGUGUCAUGUGCAAUUAUUUUCUAUAUAUAUGUAUGGUUAUAUAUUAAAGUACAUCAUACCUUGCCCAUGCUUUUUUGCUUUUGUUCUGGUUUUUAACUUUUUGCUGGCAUUUUUCUCCAUCCUUCUAUUUUGCCACCGCAUUUAUUGCUCCUGUGCUCUUCUUCUUCAUCCAGAAAGUUGAGUAUGAAUUAUAGUGAGCAGGGGAAGGCGGUAUCCUUGGUAGGAUGGGGAUAACCAUGACUUUAGUAUAACUCAACAUUUGCUGAUUUCUCUUAUUCAUAACAAUACCACUGGGUUUUUUUUCUAAAUUGAUGAUUUUAUUUUACAUUUCAGAUGAUUUUUUAACAAUGUAUACUAAAGAAAAUCUCAUUACUUAGUAUACUUUUUAUAAUAAAAGAAAUAUUACAUUUUCAAACACCACUAGCACCCAAAAGGCUUUAACUACAUUGACACCCAAUUAUUAGAAAAAUUUAGAUGUACUGACUGCAAUUUUUGUCUCUUUUUUUUCUCAUGAAUAAAAGUAAUGAAGUAGCUCCUAAAAUGAAUACAGGAGCAAUCUUCAGAAUCCCAUUGGUCAUCAGCUGCAUGAAGGGUGUAUUACAUGCCAAAAGAAAACUGAACCCGAAAAGGUCUUUUCAAAAGAGCAGGGAAAGCCUACAAAAACUAAGUGGCAUAAAGAAUGAGUACGCUGAAGCCCAACUCCAAGAUCUCAUUAAACGCAUGCGAGAAAGGACAAGCCACUAUAAGGAAAAGCUAACAGAUCCAGAUAUAUCUUCAGCUGAACCAAGUCCAACAGCAACUCCUGUUAAACCAAAGCCUGCACCUCCACCUCCAAUUCCUCCUCCUCCAAAAAAGGAGGAGAAACCGGAGACCAAAGAUGAGAAAAAGGCAGAAACAGAGGCGGAAGAAGCAGAGAAGGAGCAUUACUGUGACAUGCUCUGUUGCAAAUUUAAGAGACCCACAUUAAAACAGACCUUCCAGAAGUUCAAGCUGCCAAGCUCCAUUGAUUCCUAUACAGAUCGUUCCUAUUUGCUGUGGCUGCUAUUUGUCACUCUCUCCUUCAACUGGAACUGCUGGUUCAUUCCAAUUCGCUGCGUCUUUCCAAUUCAAACGUCCCACAACAUCCUGUACUGGAUGAUCGCAGACUAUAUAUGUGACGCCAUUUAUCUUAUCGACAUUUUUGUAUUUCAGCCACGUCUGCAGUUUAUAAAGGGAGGAGACAUUAUUACUGACAGAAAACAAACAAAGGCAAACUACGGGGAAUCUACAAAAUUCCGGCUUGAUGUAGCAUCUGUGAUCCCAUUUGAUCUUCUCUACGUAGUCUUUGGCUUCCAACCUGCGUUCAGAGCGAACCGAUUGUUAAAGUAUGCUUCAUUUUUUGAAUUUAAUGACCGACUAGAGGCCGUUCUGGAGAAAGCCUAUAUUUACAGAGUUUUUCGAACAACUGGGUAUCUCCUGUUUAUUCUUCACAUCAACGGCUGCAUCUAUUACUGGGCGUCGAGCUACGAAGGGAUUGCCAGCACUAAAUGGGUCUAUGACGGCAAUGGAAACAUGUAUCUGCGUUGCUAUUAUUUUGCCGUCCGGACAUUGAUCACCAUUGGUGGCCUGGCUGAGCCUCAAACAGUAUUUGAAAUAAUCUUUCAGUUGUUAAAUUAUUUCACUGGUGUAUUUGUCUUCUCGAGUUUGAUCGGACAGAUGCGUGAUGUAAUUGGAGCAGCAACUGCGGGUCAAAGCUGUUACCGCGCCUCCUUAGACAAAACCGUCUCUUACAUGAACAAAAACAAAAUUCCCAAACUCGUACAGAACCGCGUGAAGACCUGGUAUGAAUACACGUGGGACUCCCAAGGAAUGUUAGAUGAAUCAGACAUAAUGGAAGAGAUGCCAACUAAGAUGCAGUUGGCUAUUGCAAUCGAUGUAAACUUUGCCAUUGUUGACCGAGUGGAGUUGUUCAAAGGAUGUGAUGGCCAAAUGAUCCAGGACCUUCUGCUGAGACUAAAAUCUAUAGUAUAUUUACCUGGGGAUUUUGUUUGCAAAAAGGGGGAGAUUGGAAGAGAGAUGUACAUCAUAAAGCAAGGUGCUGUCCAAGUAUUGGGAGGGCCCGAUAACCAGAAAGUGUUGGUUACCCUGAAGGCCGGAGCUGUGUUUGGAGAAAUAAGCCUCCUAGCCUCUGGAGGGGGGAACCGCCGGACUGCCAACGUCGUAGCCUAUGGAUUCGCUAAUCUCUUUAUUCUGGACAAAAAGAGUCUUAAUGAGAUUCUGGUUCACUAUCCGGAUUCAAAGAAACUCCUGACAAAGAAAGCUAAGAAACUACUGAUAGAGAAGGGCAAGCCUGCAGGACCCACCGUGGUGAAUAAAGGUUUUGGCCACCUCAUACCCCCGAAACCUGAGACGCCUCGUCUGUUCAAGGCCAUGAUGUCUGCUACUGGCAGCCGCACUGGGCUUAGUCUAUUGAUGAGGCUCAAACAAGCAGCGAUGAAUGAAAACAAGGAAGCGGACAAGAUCUCAGACAUGGCCAAGAGCAGCAAUGAUCCUGCAAAGGAAAACAUUCACGAUGCCAAAUUGAUUGAGGGAAAGAAGGAACAGUCAGCAGAGGAACAUCCAACUCCUGGGGCUGCUUCCAAGCCAGACGCCCUAGCAGAUAGCAGGAGCAAAUCCUUGGUUAUCACCAUGUCACCAUCAGCCAAAGCUGGAGAAGGAGAACUGCUCACUGUCGAAGUCUGCGACAGCAAAAUGAAUAAAUAGAGUUA